GAACCUGGGAAAGAAAGAAGCUCGCCUCGUUCAGAAUAGCAGCGGCGCUGGAGUAGCCAACAGUCGUCGUCUGAUAGCUCCAGCCAAAACGGGACAUCGAACCUUUUUUAUUUUAUUUAUUUAUUUGGUUCGAUUGAUAUCCUCUUCUCAAACAAGAUGUGACUUUUAUAACAAGACGAAUACCUUUAGAAUAUUCAUGUCAGGAUAGCCGGGAGAGAGAACGCGGAGGGGGUUUUGCGAAUGGAAGUUAUUUGUUGUGAAUUGUUUUGAGUAUGUUAUGCCGACGUGAGUUUGUUUUUGGGUUGUCUCUGUUCGCCGUGGACCUUUAAUUUGGAAUCUAACGACGAAAACCAGAUCGUCGAGGGAAACCCAGAGUGAGGAUUCUACGAAGCCAGAGAGCUCCCAACAGACCGGGGAUUUAAAUUGUGUUUGGUGUGCUCCGGGAGAAGCGAGAGUCAAAGAAAGAAAUUCAUGUGGCCAUUCUCUCUUUAGCAAAAUAUUUUGGAUUGCAGAAUGAGCAAGGAAAGACCCAAGAGGAAUAUCAUCCAAAAGAAAUACGAUGACAUUGAUGGGAUCCCCUGGUCAGAGGAGAGGGACGUGAGGAAGGUGCUCUAUCUCUCCCUGAAGGAGUUCAAGACUGCUCAGAAAAGGCAGCUCGGAGACGGCAUCGGCGAUGGAACCAAAUACACUAAUGGUUCCCAUGCCCGCGGGCAGCUCAAUGGCUCCGGGCAGAAGGGCCACAAUGCUGACGGGUCACGGUUCCAGAGCAUCGACGGCAGCAGCGAGUACUCUGAGGAUGGCCCUGCCAAGAAGAGGCCCAGACUGCAAGCACAGAGGAAGUUUGCCCAGUCUCAGCCCAACUCUCCCAGCACCACCCCGGUCAAGGUGUCUGAUACCGCCCUGCCCGCACCCUCCGCUCACAUCAGAGACAUCUCCAGACGAAAACCCAAGACCGAAGAUUUCCUCACCUUCCUCUGCCUGAGAGGUUACUCCUCGUGGCCAAAUGAAGGGUCAUCAGUGUUGCCCAGUAACAUGGCGUACUUUGGGAGCUCUCAGGAUGAAGAUGCACUGGAUGAUGAAGAGGAGUACGAGGAUGUAAAGCCAGAUGUCAGCAUGGCAUCUACUUCCUGUCAGUCCACGCCCAGGAAGGGCAAACCCCAAGGGAAACAUGCCGUCAAUGGCCACGUGUUGAACGGCCCCAGCAAGGCGCCCCGAGACAGCCCCAAGCCCAGAGGGAAGGAGUGGGUGCAGGUGAGAGAGCGCAGUGAGAGAGCCGAGGCCCGGAGGGAGCAGGCCCUCAGCCAGCUAAAGGCUACAGCCAGGGGCCACACUACCAACGGACUGCCCCACAGGAGGGCUGCAGAGGAGCUCAGCAAGCAGGUCUCUAAAGUGAACGGAGUCACACGGGCGUCCCAGACAGGCAUGCACGCGGCCGGUGCCAAAAAACCGAAAGACUUCAGACUGCCGUCCAAAACUGUGAAUGGCCUCGUCACAUACACCAAAGGAAAACGAGAAAUGGUCAAGAAAACCAAACUGAACAAGCGCAAACACAGCACUGCUGCUACCCAUAGAGCCCAUAGCAACAAUCGCCACCACAACCACCUCCAGCGCCACCAGCGACUCCCCCUCUCCAACUCAGGAAAAGCCCAGAAUAGCAAAGCAAAAACAAGCAAACAGGUGCUAUUAUCCAAUGGGGUGCACAAGGUGACCAAUGGGGACGGAGUGCGCUUCAACGGGCACCUCUGUGCCAAGCAGGAGGUGGGCAGGCAGGGGCGUGAGGGACUGAGGAACUCCAAGCGGAGGCUGGAGGUGGCGGUGGCUGCCAUCGGGGCGGUGGCUGACUCCCAGGGUAAGCUGGUCGUCCUGGAAACUAACCCCAACCGUAAGAAGACCAAACAGAACCAGAGCAGCCCCCUGGACGGUAAGACCAAGCACCAGACCAGCCCUCUGGAGACACGUAGUAAGAAAGCGUGUCAGGGCAAGGCCUCGGUCCCUAACGGACACAUCGUCAUGGAAACCACCCCUCCCCCCUCCCUGCUAGCCCCACCCCCUCCCCCCACACCACUAGCCAAUCCAGAGCCAGGGCAUCAGCGGCCCAAGCGAGCGUCAGCCGGCAAGUUGAUGUUCAUCAGACAAGCACAGCACCGGGCGCAGGCUGCCUCUAACCCUAACCACACCCACACCCUUAACCGCUCAACUACCUCAGAGUCGCCUGGCCACACCCCUGGGCAUACCCCUCACAAACCAGCAGAGCCUCGGCCUGACAGGGAGUGGGAAAGGGAGAAGGAGCGGGAUGAAGAGAGGGAGAGGGCGGAGAGGAGCAGGGCGAGCUGGGCAGCGUUGGGUGAGGCACCAGAGUUCUGUCCCACCCAGCGGGAGUUCCAGGACCCCCUGGUGUACCUGGACUCUGUGCGGGAGGGGGCGGAGCCCUGCGGACUGUGUCGGGUGGUUCCCCCGGCUGACUGGCGCCCAGAGUGCAAACUGAAUGAUGAGAUGCGCUUUGUGACCCAGGUGCAGCGCAUCCACAAGCUAGGCCGUCGCUGGGGCCCUAACGUACAGAGGCUAGCCUGCAUCAAGAAGCACCUCAAAUCUCAGGGCAUCACCAUGGAAGACCCCCCACUCAUCGGUGGCUGCGAGGUGGACCUGGCUCGGUUCUUCCAGCUGAUUAAUGACAUGGGAGGCAUGCAGCAGGUUAUGGACCUGAAGAAGUGGAGUAAACUGGCUGAUUUGCUGCGGAUCCCCAAGUCAGCCCAGGACCGGCUGGCCAAGCUGCAGGAGUCCUACCUCCAGUACCUGCUGUCCUAUGACUCUCUGUCCCUAGAGGAGCACCGGCGCCUGGAGAGGGAGGUGCUGCAGGAGAAGGAGGGCCUGGAGCGCCGCAGGGGGCCCCUGGAGGGCCACACAGAGAGGAGCCUGACCCUGCCACGCUACGAGCCCAAGAACGGGCUGGUCGGCAGUCUGGUGCAGCACAGCAACGGUCAGCUGUGCAGCCGGCUGAAGGAGCUGGACAGUCAGCAGCUCAAGGUGGGACGCCGGAGGCUGUUCUCUCAGGAAAAGAGGAAUGGGGAAAUGACACAGCAGGAGGAAGAUGAGGAGGAGGAGAAGGGGGUUCUCAGUGACCAGCACAAGUGUAUUUACAAGGGGAAAUCUGUAUCGCUCACCAACUUCUUCAGGAUAGCCAGGAACACCAUGAUCAUGUGCUUUAACAAAGAGCCUGGGGCUGCUGAGGUCGAGCAAGAAUACUGGAGGAUAGUGGAGCAGAGGCACUGCCAUGUGGCAGUGCAUUAUGGGAAAGUGGACACCAACACACACGGAAGUGGCUUCCCCGUGGGAAAGUCAGAGCCAUUUUCUAAACAUGGAUGGAACCUCACUGUCCUCCCUAAUAAUUCUGGAUCCAUUCUGCGGCAUCUUGGAGCUGUGCCCGGGGUCACCAUUCCUUGGCUGAACAUCGGCAUGGUCUUUUCUACCUCAUGCUGGUCUCGAGACCAAAACCGCCUUCCAUACAUUGAUUACUUACACACUGGUGCUGACUGCAUUUGGUAUUCUAUUCCUGCUGAGGAGAAGGUGAAGCUUGACAAGGUGGUUCACACACUGCUGCAGGCCAACGGGACCCCUGGGCUGGAGAUGCUGGAGAAGAACAUCAUGAUCUCUCCAGAGGUGCUUUGUCGAGAGGGUAUCAAGGUCCACCGCACCGUCCAGCAGAGCGGUCAGUUCGUGGUCUGCUUCCCCGGGACCUUUGUGUCCAAGGUCUGCUGUGGCUACAGUGUGUCGGAAACUGUGCAUUUUGCCACCCCCCAGUGGAUGAACCUGGGAUAUGAGGCUGCUAAGGACCUGAAAUGCCGGCACAUAGCCAAACCCUUCUCCAUGGAGAAGUUACUCUACCAGAUCGCCACGGCCGAAUCCAAACGCGAGAACGGGCACAUUCUGACUACGAUCUCCGCCCUUCUCAAAGACCUCAGGAACAUAGAGAUGAGACAACGACAGGAACUGUACGAGGCAGGGCUUCUGUCCUCUGCCCGCUACGGAACACAUGAUAACAGCCUGUUGCCCGGUGAUGGACGCAAGAAACCCAGGAAGUGGCUGGCGCUGGAGUCGUCAGAGAGACGCUGCCAGACUUGCCAACACCUCUGCUACCUGUCCAUGGUGGUCCAGGAGAAUGAGAACGUUGUCUUCUGUUUGGAGUGUGCUUUGAGAUACGUGGAGAAUCACAAGUCCUGCAGAGGCCUCAAGAUGAUGUAUCGUUACGAUGAGGAGCAGAUUAACAGUUUGGUGAAACAGGUGUGUGGUAAGGCCCUGGGGAAGACGAAUGAGAAAUGUAAUGGUGCAAGCCUCAUCAAACCACCACCUAAACGUGGACCCCGGAAGAGGGAGACCGUGGAGGUGUCCCUGUCCCGCCUCUCCUCUUCCCACCUGUCUCCUGCAGCCGUCACAUGAGGACGUUAACACCCCCCACUGCCCCUCCAUCUUAGCUUGGAGAAUCACUGUUGUCCUUUUUUUAAAGAAAGAAAAAAUAUAAUGCCCCAAAUCUCCCACGCAACCUUACUAUGACAAACUACCCCACCCACCCCCUUAGUAUGGCAAACUACCCCACCCACCCCCUUAGUAUGGCAAACUACCCCACCCACCCCCUUAGUAUGACAAACUACCCCACCCACCCCCUUAGUAUGGCAAACUUGUGAAAGCAAGCAGUCUUUUUUUGCACUAGCACGGGAAAUGUUUUUUUCAGUUGAUUUUUUUUCUGGGGGGGGUUAGCAUUAAUUGAAACGUUCACAGGUAAAUGCUGUGCCCCUUUCACUGCCCCCACCCAAUGUGUGCAGUCAGUCCCAUUGCCAUCUGUCACUCAACUGUGAACAAAGGGAUGAGUGGAGAAGGUGCUCCUUUUUUCAUUUUAUUGAAAUGACGCAAGUAGAACCCAAAGUUCUCUCAUCUUUAGUUUUUAAAGAUUAGUUAUUUUUAUUCUCCUCUGCCUGCAGAAGCUCCUGUUGUUCAGGGCCUGUUGUUCAGGGCCUGUUGUUCAGGGCCUGUUGUUCAGGGCCUGUUGUUCAGGGCCUGUUGUUCAGGGCCUGUUGUUCAGGGCCUGUUGUUCCCUAACCCACGCCAGGUAGACCUUGAAAGGCAGAUGUGUUUUGGCUGGCUUGUUUUAUUUGGGAUUUUAGCUUUGAUUUUUAGAUUUUGAGGAACUCUUCUGUGUUUAUUUUGUCAUCGUUGUUUCCUUUUUCUUUGUUACUUGUGGAACUAGUGGUGCCGUGGCUGUAUGUCAGAAACACAGCCUGGGGUGCCAUGGCUGUAUGUCAGAAACACAGCCUGGGGUGCCGUGGCUGUAUGUCAGAAACACAGCCUGGGGUGCCGUGGCUGUAUGUCAGAAACACAGCCUGGGGUGCCGUGGCUGUAUGUCAGAAACACAGCCUGGGGUGCCGUGGCUGUAUGUCAGAAACACAGCCUGGGGUGCCGUGGCUGUAUGUCAGAAACACAGCCUGGGGUGCCGUGGCUGUAUGUCAAACGGACCAAGGUGCCAUGGCUGUAUGUCAGAAAUACAGACCUCGGUGCCGCUGGUCUCUGUCUCUGUAGUAGGAGGGAGGCCUCCUUCGCUAGCAAGUGAAAACUGUGCCUGAUACUCAACAAAGAGAUCCAUUGUUUUUGGUGCUGUUGGUUAUCAUUACUGUAUAACAAUACAAAAGAAAGGUGGUGUGCUGGCUAACUGCUAGCCCCUUCUCCCACAGGGCGGUAGCCUCUAGGCUCUCCUCUCCCAUAGGGUUAGGGUUCUAGGCUCUCCUCUCCCAUAGGGUUAGGGUUCUAGGCUCUCCUCUCCCAUAGGGUUAGGGUUCUAGGCUCUCCUCUCCCAUAGGGUUAGGGUUCUCGGCUCUCCUCUCCCAUAGGGUUAGGGUUCUAGGCUCUCCUCUCCCAUAGGGUUAGGGUUCUCGGCUCUCCUCUUCUCGAUGUGCAAUCAUGUUAACAUUCCAUUCUUCCAGUCCUACUGUUUCAUCUGUAUCAGUUAACAUAAAUAAUUUUAUUAUUUUCUAUUUUGAUUGUGUUUUUGUUCUAAUGUGCGAGUAGAGUCACUAGUCAAAGGGUGUGAAAUGUGAAAUAGGGAAAUAUUUUUUUUGUUUUGGGGUGUGUAUUUUAGGUUUUUCCCUUUUUUUCAGAUGUAUUAUGAAUUAUUUUAGCAGAAGGUCCAACACAACAUACAUUUUUGUACAUAAUCCUGUAAAUGUCUUUAAAUACUCAAGCCUUUUUCUGGGGUGAAGGAAGGAAAAUGAUACCAUUUUAAAGGUAUUACAGGAAGCAAAGGAGGAAGUGCUUGAUGAAGAAAAGCCUUACGUUUCAGUUUCUUCAUGUGUGUGAGUUUGAUGCUUACAGGGUUGCUCUGGUUACGUGUAUACAUUUUAAGUGCUGCUUACAUCACUAAGACAAAGAUAUGGAGUAGCUAUGGCCCCCUAGUUUUUUUUAAAGUUAUUUUUUUCCUUUAGCUUUACUUUUUUAAAGAAAAGGGAACAUAUGUUCACAAAAAUGUACUGAAAAUUCAACAAUGUAGUAGCUCCUCAUGUUGCACUGAGCUUGCCAGUGGUGGCUGACAAGGUGAUCCUAUUAUCCAGUUUGUUGGUGGUUGUUGUCCUUUACAGAAGACUGAACUGUUUUAGGAAUAUUUAAUGAAAACCAAGUCGGUCGUUUUCAACAAAAGUGGUUAAGUUUUUAUGGCCUUACAAUGUAUUUUAUUCAGAUUUCUUUGCAAUUUUCUUUUUCUACAGUAUAAACUAUUGCUCACGGUCUGGCAAGUUAAUUUAUUAGCACUGCGUCUCCAUCUUUCCUUCCACUUGGAAAGAGUUCAUGUUGGUUAUAUUGCCAGUUUUUUACUUUUGCAGUUUGUACUAAAGGUUUAAUAAAAACGUACAGACAA